AUGGAAUCUUCUAAUCAAUCACGGAAUACCCGCAUCGUGGACUUGGGGCGCAUGUCGCGCGAAGAAGUUAUUGAAAUAGCAAAGAAACAGGCACGAAGUAUUCGUGAGAAGAGCACACGUAUCAACACUCUCGAGGGACUGGUUGAGCAGCUCACUGGUCGACCAGCUUCGGAAGUUGGAGCAGCAGUUUUAAACUCAAGCUUGACUUCAGUAGGAUCACUGCCACCGGUGCCAUCCGAGCAUCGUAGUGAAUUGGCGCCGCAACAGAAUAUGGAGGAGGAGCGCAUGGCAUACGCCAAGGAAAUAAGCCGCAACGAGGAAAUCAUCAGGGCCCUUCAAGCAGAGUUGGAUGGAAAGACAGAAGAACUUACGGCCUUACAAGAAAAAGUAAAUGCCUGGAAGGAGAAGGUAAAAAUUGCAUCAUGCCGCGACCAGGAGAUGAUUGCUGAGCUGCAAUCGCGAUUAGAGCAGCAAGCCAAUGCUGGCACCACCUCUUCUUUUUCUGUGGCAACGCCGGCAACGAUUCCACCUGAUGUAUUGGAGAGAGCUGUGCGGGAGAAGCUCUCGUUAUGGCAGGAACGCGUCAAAACAAAAAUGCGGGAAGACAUGGAUCGCAUCCGCCAGCUUGAAGAGAAACUGGAAUCAACUCAGAAAGCACAAAAAUUGGCAGCGGAUGAAGAAUUAACGGAUAGAGGACAAAAUGUAGAAAUGCCACCAUCUCUCGUACAGUGUCCCCCAAAACCAGAUAGCGUUCCCAGAUCCGAAGAAUUAACUGAAGACGUGAUAGAACAAGCAGUUCAGCAAAGAGUUGAACGAUGGAAAGAACUUGUGAAAGAAACGAUUCAUAAAGACAAGAAAUUAAUUCAAGAACUGCAAGAGGAACUUCAAGCACUACGUUCCGCCUCGACAGAGAGUCAUAUAUCUUUUGAAGCACCUACAGAGGUAGUAAAUAGCAUUGGCCGGGCCGCUGUAACAGAAGUGAAACAGCUUCAAAAAAACAUGGCUUUUCAGGAAGCAAAGUACCAAAAACAAAUGGCCACACUGACGCGGGAGGUGCAGCGGCUGGAGCGGGAGCUGGAGGUGGCUCGGCAGGAGCAGGAGCGAGCCGUUGGUGCCACGGAGGCCAUGCAGCGCGACGCCGCACGGGAGAGAGACGAGGCCGUGGCCACACUGACGCGGGAGGUGCAGCGGCUGGAGCGGGAGCUGGAGGUGGCUCGGCAGGAGCAGGAGCGAGCCGUUGGUGCCACGGAGGCCAUGCAGCGCGACGCCGCACGGGAGAGAGACGAGGCCGUGGCCACACUGACGCGGGAGGUGCAGCGGCUGGAGCGGGAGCUGGAGGAGGCUCGGCAGGAGCAGGAGCGAGCCGUUGGUGCCACGGAGGCCAUGCAGCGCGACGCCGCACGGGAGAGAGACGAGGCCGUGGCCACACUGACGCGGGAGGUGCAGCGGCUGGAGCGGGAGCUGGAGGUGGCUCGGCAGGAGCAGGAGCGAGCCGUUGGUGCCACGGAGGCCAUGCAGCGCGACGCCGCACGGGAGAGAGACGAGGCCGUGGCCACACUGACGCGGGAGGUGCAGCGGCUGGAGCGGGAGCUGGAGGAGGCUCGGCAGGAGCAGGAGCGAGCCGUUGGUGCCACGGAGGCCAUGCAGCGCGACGCCGCACGGGAGAGAGACGAGGCCGUGGCCACACUGACGCGGGAGGUGCAGCGGCUGGAGCGGGAGCUGGAGGAGGCUCGGCAGGAGCAGGAGCGAGCCGUUGGUGCCACGGAGGCCAUGCAGCGCGACGCCGCACGGGAGAGAGACGAGGCCGUGGCCACACUGACGCGGGAGGUGCAGCGGCUGGAGCGGGAGCUGGAGGAGGCUCGGCAGGAGCAGGAGCGAGCCGUUGGUGCCACGGAGGCCAUGCAGCGCGACGCCGCACGGGAGAGAGACGAGGCCGUGGCCACACUGACGCGGGAGGUGCAGCGGCUGGAGCGGGAGCUGGAGGAGGCUCGGCGUGAAAGGGUGGUUGUGAUUGGUGACAAGAAUUGCCUUGCGUGUGUGUCAAAAGAUGCCCGUAUGGGUGAGUGGAAGAAAAGUGUUAAGUUAAUUAUUGAAAGGAGUGACGAGGAAAAAAAAAUGUUAGCGUUGGAACUGGCUUCUUCGAAGGAAGGGGCGCAUCGGGCGCAGUUGGAGUUUACCGAACGUGUUGAAUUUUUGCGCUGCUCUAUGUCUUCAUUGCAGGCUGAAUUGUUGCGCCUCGUGGAGGAAAGGAAGGUAAUGACCGAGUCCCUUUCUCGAUUGGAGGAGUUCAAGGCGAUGGUUGUGCGAAAAAUAAUGGUGAAAUAA